CUGUUCAUUCGUCAAAGGAAAUCUCAGUUCCAGAAGGCCAGCGACGAGUCCCGAAGUUGCCUGACCUUCACCUACUUGCCCUCCCAGAGUGUCUACCUGUCACUUCAUUGCAACGAACACGCAAACAGACAUUGCCUCGACUUCUCCUCCAGCGUAAUCGACUCGCUCAGAACUUGCUCCCUCGCCGACCUGAGUUCAUCAUCUCUUGAUCUCAUCCAUCUCCAGGCCGCCCUCCUAACGAUCCACCAACCACGCCCCAACAUGGCCUCGAAGAAGAGCAACCUCGGCAAGCGCCAGCGCGACCGCCUCAAGAAACAGAAAGCAAAGAGCGUCGUCCCCACGAGACCCGACACCCCGGAAUCCGACCCCGUCCCCGACGAGCCGCCCGUCCCGGGCCUCGACGUCACCAACUACAGCGACGUCAGCAACCUCGCCGCGAACAUGGGCAUGGGCGGACAGGUUAAGGAGAUGGUCGCCGUGGACUCCAAGGGCCGAAAGCUGCGUGUCGUCAUGGGCGGCGAGAAGGUGAUGAACGAGUUCAGCAAACGCAUGGACGAGGAGAACGAGGUCCAGGGCAAGCUCGAUCACAUCGCGGCCAAGUUCAACGCCGCCCGCGCGGCCGCCUACGGGGCGGGCGCGAAGAAGAUGUCCCAGGCGGAAGUGAGCAAGGCUAAGAAGGAGCUGGCGGAGGUUGUGGACGAGAUCGGCGAUGUGUUGCAGACGGACGUUGCGUAUCGCCUUCUCGUUCAGGGUCAGCGCAAGACGUUUUACUCUGAUAGAAUGAAGUUGGUUUUGCACCGCGAGGAGCCUGGCUACAAGGCGCCUUCUCUUAAGAGAGAGGAACCGCUCCGCCGGGCCAUCUCCCGUAUCGAGGGAAAGAUUGAUGCAGUUGCUUCCAGGCUGGACGGAAAACAUUGA